AUGUCCGCCGACUUCUGGGCCGGCUACGUCUCCGGCGCUGUGGGCAUCAUAAUUGGCAACCCACUCGAUCUCGUCAAGACGCGACUACAAGCCGGGUCCGCACAAGACGCCUCGUCCGGGACGUCGACAGCGGUAGCUGGACCGCGCAGCUUCAAAGGGCAAUUUGAGAACGCCGGGACGCUGGUCAGAGCACCAAUCCUCGGCUAUGGCGCACUAAACGCCCUGCUCUUCAUGACAUACAACCGCACGCUCACAUUCCUCGGUGACUCCCCCAGUGCGCCGAAAUCUUUCGCGAAAGUCUUCCUCGCCGGCUCAACAGGCGGCUUCGCGUCCUUCGUUGUUUCCGCGCCCACAGAGCUCAUCAAGUGCCGCGCACAAGUAGCAACCGACAGACAAGCGACGAGCUGGUCGAUUGCGCGGCAGAUCUGGAGGAAAGAUGGGGUGAGGGGGCUAUACUAUGGGGGCGGGAUAACGAGUGUGCGCGAUGCGGUGGGAUACGGGUUUUAUUUCUGGUCUUAUGAGUGGUGUAAGCAGAAAUGGAGCUCACCGGAUGAUACGGAUAGGGAGACGGCCUUCAAGGUGUUGAUGUGUGGAGGGCUUGCUGGGAUAGUGACGUGGGCGUCCAUCUUUCCGCUGGAUGUGAUCAAGACCAGAGUGCAGACACAGGUGCUACAGCCAGAGCCUGUGCGUGGAGGUGAGCAGCAUACACUGCUCCAUGCUGGAGGACGACAAACGCACAUGGGCGCCAUACAGAUCGCCAGACAUGCGUUCCAGACUGAAGGCGCUAGCGUCUUCUUCAGAGGACUGGGCAUUUGCAGUGUGCGAGCUUUUAUUGUCAAUGCUGUACAAUGGGCCAUGUAUGAAUGGAUGAUGCGCAUCUUGCAGCAGCAAUAG